AUGUUAAGGUCAGUAUCGGCACGCUAUAUAAGCUUAUAUAGACCGUUUAUAUCUCUAGGAAGGUGCAAUUUGAGCUAUACCAUGAGUACGAAAGGUAAGCCAGAAGAUGCCAAGUUUUUGAAGGCAUAUCCGGUGUCUAACGCUGACGAUUGCAAAUGGAUCGGUUUGGAAAGGCUAGAGUAUUUGGAUCCCGCUGGAAACAAAAGACAAUGGGACAGCGCUGUUAGAAGAACUAGGAACAGUGGUGGAAUUGACGGGGUCGGAAUCCUUGCAAUUCUGAAGACCCCCGGCCAGGAACCUGAAAUUUUGCUUCAAAAACAGUUCAGACCUCCAGUGGAGGGCGUGUGCAUUGAAAUGCCUGCUGGUCUUAUUGACAAGGACGAAUCUGUGGAUGUGGCCGCCUUGCGUGAGCUGAAAGAAGAAACUGGUUACUCCGGAAAAAUCGUUAGCAAAACCCCCAUUAUCUUCAACGACCCCGGCUUCACCAACACCAAUUUGUCCUUGGUGACGGUGGAAGUCGAUGUUUCCGCCCCAGAGAACCAGGACCCUCAGACUGAACUCGAGGAAAACGAGUUCAUCGAGUGCUUCAGGGUCCCUCUGAAGUCAUUUGCCUCAGAGAUGGAAAAAUUGGCUGAACAGGGCUACAAGCUCGACGCUCGUGUGCAAAACGUAGCGCAGGGUAUCAGACUUGCUCAACAGUACCAACUUUGA